AUCGAUAACAACUACCGCCGUAACUUUUUUAUCACUGGUUACCGACACCUCAAUACAAUACAAUACAAUAUAAUCUCUAAUUACCUGUUGAUUUGGUACUGAACUCCGGAAUCGAUCUAAGAGAACCUUUUCUAGCCAAUUCGCAAGACCCUUUCGAGGGCAAAUCCAUUCAUCAUGCCUCAAAAUGAGUACAUGGAGCGAUUCCGCAAGACCCACGGUCGCCGUCUCGACCACGAGGAGCGGGCGCGGAAGCGCGAGGCGCGAGAAGGCCACAAGGCGUCCAAGGACGCGCAGAACCUGCGCGGUCUAAGGGCGAAGCUGCACCAGGCGAAGCGGCACAAGGAGAAGAUCCAGAUGCGCAAGCAGAUCAAGGCCCACGAGGAGCGCAACGUCAAGUCGGCGUCCGAGAACGACCCCAAGACCCCGCUGCCCAACUACCUGCUCGACCGCUCCAACCCGACCCAGGCCAAGGCCCUCAGCACCGCCGUCAAGAACAAGCGCGCCGAGAAGGCCGCCAAGUUCGCCGUGCCCCUCCCCAAGGUCCGCGGCAUCAGCGAGGACGAGAUGUUCAAGGUCAUCAGCACCGGAAAGAAGAUCCACAAGAAGAGCUGGAAGCGCAUGGUUACCAAGCCUACUUUUGUCGGCCCCGACUUCACGAGGCGGCCUGUCAAGUACGAGCGUUUUAUACGGCCUAUGGGUCUACGAUACAAGAAAGCCAACGUAACGCACCCCGAGCUAGGCGUAACGCUGCAGCUCCCCAUCGUCAGCGUCAAGAAGAACCCCCAGCAGCCGCUGUACACCCAGCUCGGUGUUCUAAGCAAAGGGACCAUCAUCGAAGUCAACGUCUCCGAGCUCGGACUUGUCACUGCCGGCGGCAAGGUCGCUUGGGCCCGCUACGCCCAGAUCACGAACAACUGCGAGAACGACGGGUGCGUCAAUGCGGUGCUGCUAGUUUAAACUGGUGUGGUUUACGACCCCUAUAUUCACCUUCGGUCGAGGAAAUGGGAAAAGGAGGAAAAAAAAAAGGAAACAGGAAUGGGGACAGGAGAUGACGAAAAUCCUGACUUCGAUGGGAGAACUUCCGGUCCGUGUAUAGUUGGUUGGUUCAAAUUUAGCCAACAGAAACAUGGACGAAAUGACGAGAGGAAGAAAGCGACCCUAGGUAUCUACUACUACUACAAUAAGUUAUUCUAGGUGGACAUCUUUGGGGUGGGAUAGAUGAGCACUCGUCAAGGAAAAGGAAGAUACGUAGCUAUCAUGAUGCAUUAAAAAUGGCGUCAGGCGUUUGAUAGACAUGCGAGUAAGCCGACACCAAUAUCUGUGGUAGAUGAAUGAGAUGAAAAAAAAAAGUAGAUAUUCAAAAGAUAUUAUGAGAUACUCAAAAA